AUGGACACAGACCCAGAAGAAAUAAUGAAACCUGAUCAACUUAUUGACGGCGAUAAAAUAGAACGUGGUGAUUACCUAUUGGUUCAACGGAAUGGCGAAGCCAACGAUAACACCUGGGAUUGGACCACCCCGGAGCCGGAACCAAAUGAAAACAUUUCCGACUUGAAACAAACUAUAAAACAGCUUGAAAUUGAAAAGGGCCGAUUGGUUGAUCAGCUUGAGCAGUUAGAUGAAGAAAAUCAACAAAAUUUAGUGCAACUCAAUGCUAUCAAGGAGAAAUUGCAACAAGAAAAUAGCAACUUAAAAGAUAAAUAUUUAGAAUUGAAACAACAAGUAAAAACAUUUAAUUCUAGAGAAGAAACAUUGAAAAAACAAGUUCAAGAGUUAAGCGUGCUUAAAACAACUCACGCAAACUUAUUGAAAACUUUUGAACACAUGAAAUCAAGCUCGGAAAAAGAAAUCGAAGAACUAAGAAACAAAUACAAAGUAGUUCACAGCGAAGUACAAAAAGCGAAAAAAUAUAUCGAAAUGAUCGAACUAAAAGACCAAAACGAGGAACAAGACGCUCAAAAAUUGGAAAUAAUUUUGGAUACUUACGACAAACAAGUAACGAAAUUGCAACAGGAACUUCACGAGGCCUCGAAAAUGAUCGAGAUGUUGCUCAAAGAAAAUCAGCAGCUGAAACAACAACAAACAAGCGACGAAUCGAUAACUUUGAAAAAUUACGACGCACAUGUUUCUCGGCUGAAAUUAGAGGUUGACGAUGGGCUACAAACAAACGAAACUUUGUUGCAAGAAAAUCUUAAUUUGAAAACACAGUUUGAUGAAGCCAUGAAAACGUUGCAACAAGAAAACCAGCAAUUGAAAGCGCAGCAACAAUCAACAGAAACAUUGGGACAAGAAACCCAGCUUCUACAAAUCCAGCAACAAGAAGCAUUAAAGUCAACAGAAAUGUUGCAACAAGAAAAUGAUAAUUUAAAAACACAAGAACAGAAAUUGAAAAAACAGCUUGAUGAAGUCUUAAAAACGUUGCAACAAGAAAAUCAGCAAUUGAAAGCGCAGCAACAAUCAACAGAAACGUUGCAACAAGAAAACCAGUUUCUUAACACCCAGCAGCAAGAAGCAUUAAAAUCAACAGAAAUGUUGCAACAAGAAAAUGAUAAUUUAAAAACACAAGAACAGAAAUUGAAAAAACAGCUUGAUGAAGCCUUAAAAACCUUGCAACAAGAAAACCAGCAACUAAAAACCCAGCAACAAUUAACAGAAACGUUGGAACAAGAAAAUCAAUACCUAAAAACACAACUAAAAGAGGAAAGAAUUGAAAAUCAAUUGAGCGAAGCCUCAAAAUCAACCGACAACACAGACAAAUACGAAAUGCAAAUUUCAAAUCUAACUAAACAACUAGAAGAAUUAAACAUUGAAACAGAAAAAAUGCAUAAUAAAUAUAUAAACAUAAUAACAGACAAUAUAAAACAUUACAUUGACUCGCAUGCUCCUGCUAGUCAGCAAAAGAGUGAAACUCCCGAUAAUACUCACCUGGCAGAGUUCAGCAAGCAAGUUGAAAACUUGUUUAAAAUUCUACUAGAGUUCAAACAAAAAUGUGAAACUUUAGAAAAAGAACUUAUCGAAACUUCAAAUGAAAAAACUAAAAUUCUUAAAGAAAAAUACGAAGAAAUUGAAAAGCUAAUACAAAACUCUGAAGUACUUAGCCAAGAAUCAAUUAAAAAAAGUGAAACUAUUAAAGAACUAGAAGCAGAAGUUUCCAAUUUAAUUGCCAGCAAUGAUAUGCUACUAACUGAACUAGAUUCAUAUAAAAACUCAGGCUUACAAACCAUUUCCGAAUCAAAUGAAGACAAUAUGGUUUUAUUAGAAAACGAUUUAGAUACUGCCAAUCAACGUAUAAGAGAACUAGAAGAAAUUAUCGAUAGUCCUAGCAAAAAAUCUACAUCUUCGUUCCAUGAAAAACAAGAAAACUAUGAAGAUUAUGAUAAAUUAAAAUAUAAAUUCAAAACACUAGAAGACGAUAAUGAAGAAUUAAAAAACAAUUUAGAAAAAUACAAAAACGAUUACGAAAAUAUCGACUAUCAACUUUUAGAAGCCAACGUUGUCAUUGAUGGUUUAAAAGAAGAAUUAGAAACAAUCAAAAUUGAAAAUACAGAGCUGAAACUUGUUAAUAUGGAUUCAAAAACAGAAUAUAAUUAUUUAAAAGAAAAAUGGUUACGUGAAGAAGAUUCACGUAAAGAACUUGAGGCUCGAUUGAAACAUUUAAAUGAAGCUAAAAACAAUUUAGAAGAAUCUCUAAAAGCAAGUAAACAAGAAUAUGAAACAAUAAAGCAAAAAUACGAAGAAGUUUUGGUGCAUUGUGAAAACUUAAAUUGCAAAAUCCAGGAGUUACAAUUUGGAACAAAAGAUUCCUCAAAAGAAGAAUAUGAAACAAUAAAGCAAAAAUACGAAAAAGUUUUGAUGCAAUGUGAAAACUUAAAUUGCAAAAUCCAAGAAAAAGAAGUUACAAUUAACAACUACGAGUCAGAGAAGAAUGAAUUGAAGUUGCAACUUGAAACAAAACAAACUGAAAUCAAUAAUCUUAACCAACAAUUGCACGAGCUGACAACAUCUAGAAACGACUUAAUAAACAUGGUAACAAUAAAACAUCAAGAAAACGUAAACUACCACAACGAAAUACAAAGAUUAACAGAAAUAUUGGCUGUCAACAGCAACAGCAGCAACCAAUUGGCCCUAAAAGCUGAAGAAAUCGACAAACUAAACGACCAAAACAACUUCCUGAAAGAAAAAUGCGACAUCCUCACCAAAAACCUCUUAGAAGAACAACAAUCCCUUGCCGAAAAAUCCAAACAACUAGAAAGAUUGCAAAGCCACCUAAUAGAACUCCAAGACCAUUACACUCAAGAACUACUCGAAGCCGAGCAAAAAUCGACGGCAUUGCAAAGUAAGCUUUCGGCUUUAGAAAUGCGCGAGAAGAAUUCCAGUACGAUGUACACGUCUGUGAGUAUAAGGGCCAAUCAGCAAGUAGAAGCUUUGCAAAGUCAGCUACAGCUGUUGACCAAUCAAAGGGAGGAAUUGAGGAGGAAGCUGUCGGACGCUGAGGAUUUGAACAAGGAAAAAGACGUCCAUAAAGAAACCGAAAGAAUCAGAAGACAAAUCAACCUGGAAAAACAAGUCCAAGACGAUUUGAGAAAAGAAAUAGAAAAUUUAAAAACCCAAUUGGAAGAGAGCAAAAUCGGUUUGCAAGCCGCUGCCAGAUUGUCCGAUCAGUUGGAGUUGCAAAAAAAGCAAAAUAACGGCCUGAAAGAAGAAGUGUCGCAGCUGCAAAGAAAACUGACAAAAACCCAGCAAACAAUCGACGAAAUCAGCAGCCAAACCGACGGCAAAAUCGACAAAUCCCUAAUCAAAAGCCUGAUAAUCGGCUUCCUGGCAUCCGACAACAACCGCUGGAACAAAGACCAAACCCAAGUACUAAAACUCAUAGCCACAGUGCUGGAUUUCAACCAGCAAGAUCACGACAAAGUGAAGUUGGACAAGCCUCAACAAGGCUCCUGGCUCAGUUCUUUGUUGCACCCCAAUCCUCAAACCGGUAGCAGUCAAGAAUCAUUGUCUCAAGCUUUUGUGAGGUUUUUAGAAAACGAGUCUAAACCUAGAGUAUUGCCUAGUUUAUUGGAAGAGCAACCUAGCAGCAAUAGCAGUCAAAGGAAUACGCCUAGAGCUUCGCCGAUUGUUUUAAAUGAAAUGGUUUUGCCGACGUUUGCUGAUUUCGGUCAGAGCAGAAAUUCCAGUUCGAUUUUGAAGGAUGUUUUAAAAGAUAAUAAUAGUUAAUAAAUUUGUAAACUUUUUAUAACAAUAGUUCAUAUUGGCAAGUGUUAAAUAUAUUAUUGUACUGUACUUUGUUAUGUUGAUUGGUUGUUGUUUUAUUUUGAAUAAAAUAAGUAUUAACA